AUGGAGGGUUGGGAAGGUCUGGCAGAUGAUGGAGGGUCCACGAGGUCAGGCCUGGUAGAUGGUGCUGGGUCCAAGCGGUCAGGCCUGGUGGAUGGUGCUGGGUCCAAGAGGCGGCGGGGGAUUGUGAGGGAGGUUCUGUUCUUCCCGGAGCCAUUGACGUGCACCGAGGAGGUUUUGAGCCCCGGACUGCGGUGCAUGUGCCCCCUACCUCACAAGAACAGCGCCCUGCAAAGGCUCAUGAGGCGCCUGCUGGAGGCCCGGAGCAGCGUGGCCCUCUGUGUCUUCACCUUCUCCUGCCCGCCGCUGGCCCGGGCCGUCCUAAUGCUCCACAACCGAGGAGUCCGCGUCAGAGUCAUCACCGACAGAGACUACAUAGCGGCCCCCGGCUCACAGAUCGGAGCCCUGCGCAAGGAAG